AUGGCAUACUCUUUCAUUAUCGAGAAGUCUUUACGGGGCUUUUGGAUCUCAGAUACUUGUCCAUAUCAGAAAGUUCAUUUUGCACGUGGCCUCCAAGUAGAUGAAGUGGUAACUGUUGACCUUGGGUUAGUAUGUUUGCCAGUUAAGGGUCGUAGAGAAUGCAUAUAUCCUGGUAACUCGUUGAAAAGUGCAUUGGAAAGCUACAGGAACGAGGCUAUUUGGGGGCGAGAAUGCUAG